CGCUCACAUUUUUAGAAGUGCGUAGGGCGCUACUGAAAUCCAGUCGUUCUGCAGCAGACCUUCACCGUGAUUUGAUAGUUGCUACAACCAUGACGUGUCCACGGUUUCUCGUCGCAGUCAUCGUCUUUUUGGUGACAGCAGUCGCUCAGGUUGGUGCUCAAGCAGACGCGACUUGCACCGGUAUUAGCAAAGAUGUAUCUUGUAAGAAGUGCAGAGACAAUACACACAAAUGCAUGCCGGGUGAGGUGCCUGUCGAUGAUUGGCUGAUAGCAACAGCGAAACAGCAACGAGAGUUACAGAUUGACGAACCUUGGAAUCGAUUGCAAAUGCUCGAUGCACACAAUGGGUACAACACCAGAGCAUGGGGAUAUGGAGUCAAUGACACAUGUCCAUGGUCGCCUCCAAAUCCUUACCCAAUGGACUGCAACAAUUACGCCAACCAGGAGUUCAGCUUCACGGACCUACUGAACAUGGGUGUCAGGGCAGUGGAGAUUGACAACUGGUUUUGCUUUAACGAGAUGCGCAUGGCACACUUGGGCAGUACGAUCGAUCUUGAGUGCAGUGUGUAUGAUAGGCUUUUCUCAGACGGAAUCAAGGAGAUCGCUGAUUGGAUAAAUCUCCCUGGUAACGGGGAGGAGAUGGUUAAGAUCUACAUGAACGAGAAGUUUGAUCAAGGUAAUGACGACUCGGUCAACAAUCCUCUGAGAGACUACAUGGGUGAACGCAUACUGACCCCGGCAGACCUGAAGAAUACGUACGGUGGACAGUGGCCCACGCCUAGGCAGUUGAGAAAGGCCGGAAAGAACGUAGUGAUUGCAACAGGCAGUACUGCAGGAAGCGGCGAAGUUUACCCACAUGGGGGCGUGUACAUCCACAAGAUAUACUGGGAGGACUUGCAGAUGAGAUAUUUUACAUCUUAUCCACAGUGCGGCACUAAGAAUCUUACCAACGCAUUGCGUUACUACAGUGACUCCACGCAUUACGGAAACAGCACACAUUUGAAACACGACGGACCAACCAACGGGGCGGGAGUCAUUUAUGACUUCACUGAGUUCGUCAAGUGUCGCGUGCAGUACCCAGCUACGGACAUGAUCACACCGGACCUGAUCAAGACUGCCCUGUUCACAUGGGCUGAAGGGCAACCCGACGCUAAGCUCACCAAGGAAUCAUGCGUUUGGAUCAGCAAAACAGACUGGCGUUGGUACCUUUCCAACGACUGCUCCACUAAGCUGAAGUACGCAUGUCAGAGCACGACCGACCCAGAUGAUUGGACAGUCAGUACAUCCGCUGUCUCCUACGACCCAAGUAGCGACGCCUGCCCAACUGGGUACAAGUUCAGCGUGCCUCAAGACGGAUUCAGGCAUCAGAAGUUGAAGGAUGCGUCGAAGGACAACUCCGUUUGGAUCAACACCACACCCUGGCUCCCAAAUGGUGCAGGAACGCCCUCUUGUGGCCAGCUGAUGUCCCUCGUGGCUUUGCUUGUGUGCCUCUUCAUUAGCAACAACUUCUACUAAACAAAUUAAAUUACAAACUUGAACAACAUAAAUAUAUUUGCAAAAACAAAACUAGAGAUCUAUGUCUGUUUGCAACAGAACAUGGGGCUUUUCCGUAUUAUGCUUUUUUUUUAUAACACGUCCCAGACUAUGCAUGUACUGUACAACGUCCCAAAGUAUACGGUACAAGAAUGUAACUAAUUUAUUAUUUAGCGUCUGUGAGAUACAUUAUCAACAAAAAGAAAUCAAUCCAUAUUAAAUCAGACGUAUCGGACUACCUUCAUACGCAACUUUGACCCAUUCGGACUGAUAGUUUUCUCCAUAUGAGACUUUAAAAAUGCACGUCAAUGAUGACGGCACAUGCCUUACGAUGAGGUCAUCUUGAUAACACUUUUCAGCAUUGUGGUCUUGGUUUGUACCAAGCUUGAAGUCAAUCCAAUGAAAGGAAGUGUUAAAUUCUGGAGCGGAAUGAAAUUGUAAAUAUAAAAAAAAUCAUAAAAAAUCAUGCGAUG